AUGAUAACAUGGAUUAACUUAAUGGAAUCUAGUGGAGCAAUUCUAUCAGAUUCGAUGUUAAUUGCAAAAGCUCUUAAGUUUGGAAAAAAUUUUCCAGAAUUUAAAGCAAGUCGUGGGUGGCUAGAAAAGUUUAAAUUACGAAAUGGUAUCAAGUUAAGAAAAUUACACGGAAACAGUGGAUCAGUAAAUCAUGAUGAAAAAUCUAUUACUGAUUUUAAUGAAACAAUGAGUUUAAAAAUUGAACAAUAUGGAUUGGACAAUGUUUAUAAUGCAGAUGAAACUGGUGUUUUUUACAAGGAAACACUUAUUGAAGAGGAAUCAAAUGAGAAAAAAGUUGAUCUCUCAGAAGCCUUCAGAGCUCUAGAGAUUAUUAAAACUUAUGCUUCUCAGGUAAAUGCAGAUAUAGAUGAUCAUGAAAAUAUUAUGCGAAUUGGGGAAAUGUUAAGAAAAUCAAUUAAAAAAUAA